GGAUCCAGAAAAGCCGAGGCCGCUGCGAGAUGCGUUCCGAAAAGGACGCGGCCGGUGGGACAGGGGCCUCCGGGGCUGCUGCGGCUGUUCGGGGCUCGAGUGGGAGGGAAAAGCCGUCAGCGCCCGCCCACCGCGGGGGGCCGGCCAUGGAGGUCCAGUUCCGCUGGGAGUCGCCGCGGCUGGAGGCCGACACACUGGCGGCCUCCGCCUCUGGCUGUGGGGGUGGCGGUGCGAGCAAACCACGCGAGGAGAAGAGGACGGUUCUGAGCAAGGUUGUCAUCCGGCGGCUUCCUCCCAGCCUCACCAAGGAGCAGCUGGAAGAGCAGCUGCACCCGCUCCCUGCGCACGAUUACUUUGAAUUCUGUACUGCUGAUCUCAGCCUUUAUCCUCAUCUCUACUCAAGAGCAUACAUUAAUUUUAGAAAUCCUGAUGACAUCCUCCUUUUCAGAGACCGUUUUGAUGGAUAUGUCUUCAUUGACAGUAAAGGCCUAGAAUACCCUGCAGUGGUAGAAUUUGCUCCAUUCCAAAAGAUAUCCAAAAAGAAGCUAAAGAAAAAAGAUGUCAAAACUGGGAGCAUUGAGGAUGAUCCAGAAUAUAAGAAGUUUUUAGAAAAUUACUGCACAGAGGAGGAGAAAACUAGUACCAGUCCCGAAACUCUCCUGGGAGAGAUAGAGGCAAAGGCACGAGAACUCAUGGCUAGAAGAACUACACCUCUUUUGGAAUAUAUUAAAAAUAGAAAAUUAGAGAAGCAGCGAAUUCGAGAAGAGAAGCGAGAAGAACGAAGGAGGAGAGAGUUAGAAAAGAAACGCUUGCGGGAAGAAGAGAAAAGGAAAAGAAGAGAAGAAGAAAGAUGUAAGAAAAAAGAGGCAGACAAACAAAAGAAAACUGUUGAGAAAGAAGUCAGGAUCAAGCUUCUUAAGAAACCAGAAAAGGGCGAGGAGCCAGCCACAGAGAAACUAAAAGAAAGAGGAGAGGAAGUUGGUAUUGGAGAUGGAAAAUGGGGGAAAGUUCCUAGCUGUGCUGCCAUAAAAUCCAAGCCCUUAGAAAGCUCCCUGAAGGAGCUCAAGGAAAAGUCACACAAUGACAGUGAUAAAGAACAAAGGGAUAUGGAGAGAAGAGUUCGAGACAAAGAACUUGAAACCCAAAGAUACCACUUGGAGGAUGGCAGAAAGCAUAGAGCGCACUAUGAAUUUGAUAAGAGUCUGAGAAGGACCGAAGAUGAGCUGAAGUGGGGGAAAGGAUGCUCCCAGGACAGAGGGAAGCAAGGGAAGCAGAGCGGCAGCUUCACUGUGGAGGCAGUAGAGAGACUGGGGAAAGAGGAGCAGAGUGAUGAUGACGUGGCAUCCAGGAAGGAGCGCAUGAGGAAUAAGGACCGGCCAGCCAUGCAGCUAUACCAGCCAGGAGCUCGCAUCCGAGCCCGCUUGGGCACUGCCAGCAACACCAGUGAGAGUGGGGGCCCCCCCGCUGAGGAGAGCUGUGAUGGGAGGAAGUGCGAGGCGGAAGCCUCAACCGGGGCCGCUUCCAAGAAGAGUGGAGAGACAGAGUGAGCCAUGUCGUGUCUAAGCCCAGUGUGAGGCUGCUCGGCCCAGUCCAUUUCCUAGACAGUGGCAUGGGCAGUGUAGAACAUGCCCUGUGAAUGCCUCCCUGCAGGGCAGUGAGAACUGGAGAGCGCAGCUUACCAACAUCCACGACGCCUGCUGCAGCAGAAGCACAGUUGUCACUAAACGCGGCUUCUCUAAGUGUUCCCAUGUCUACACUAAGCUAGUAUUUAUUGUUUAGCCCAAACAGAGAAGUUGAUGGCUGUUGGAGCGUGUCACCAAAACACGGAAGCAAAUUCCUAUGUGUCAUUGUGAAUUCUGAAGCACUUUAUACACGCUAGGAAUUAAUUUGCACUUGGCCUUGGUCACAUUUGUAAGCAUACGAUUGGCAGGAAUUGGACCUCGUAGUGCUGCUUGUUCGUUUUCCAGGAGCCACGGUGUCAUUCCCCUGUCCUGGUCUCCGUGAUCAGGCACGCUGCGUGGGCUGCUUGAGCACCCUCGAGUUUCCGUCGAUUCUCGGACACUCCCUCCCACAGCUUGGUCCACCACACUAACCGCUGUAGUGGUGGCUGUGUUCACCACUUGACAGGCACACUGUCGCAGUCUGUGGCUGCGUCCUGGUUGGUUUAUACCAGCAGUGCUUCCGGGGUGUGCCUCGGAGAACACGCGUGGCAUUCCUUGGGGACGGGUAACAUAGGUGUCGCUUCUAGAGUCUCUCUUUUAAACAGCCUUUUUUUUUAAGAACAUAUUAUCUAUCUUUGAAAUGAUGCAUUCUACGGUGGUUCUUCCUUUCAGUGACGUUUUCAAAUGUUAUUGUAUUUUUGGCAAUGUGGCAAUUCUAUUAAAUAAAGAUGGCGUUGCUAUGGAUUUUAAGUCCACUUAGGAUAGUUUUCCUACAGAAAAUUUUACAUAGUAAAAAUUGCCUUUUAAAUGUGGCUUUACUUUUCUGAAUAUUUUGUGGAUUGUUAUUGGUAAAUUAUAAAGUGUUUUAUUUAUUUUAAAAACUAA